AUGGCAUCCUUAUUUAGACCUCCUGAAUCUACAAGACAUAAUCAGAAAUCUCCUAAAUUGACUUUGCCCUCGAAUUUGCAAAGAAAUCAUUUGGAUAGUACUCUGUCGUCAUCAACUUCUUCAUCAGCACCAAUAUCCCAUACAAAUUCAAAUACUCAUUCAAAUUUACAUUUGAAUACUCCAAUAAAACAUAAUUCGAAUUCUAGUUCAACUCCUGUGUUAUCCAAAAUUUCUCCAAGACCAUUAUAUUCCAAUAAAUCAUAUAGCAUUAAUAAUACCCCACCACAAUUGAAUUUAAAUAAAAUCAAUAACAAGACUGCUCCAACUACAAUUACUUCAUCUACACCAAGACCCCCAUUACCAAAAUUACAAAAUUUUGCCAAUAUUUCAUCCAAUCCAUCUCCUGCCACUUCUGACUCUACUUUAACUCCGGGUGAUUUAACAAGUAAAUUACAUUCAUCUUCCAAUAAAAAUAGUUCCACUACAAUCACACCUACAUUAAAGACAAGUUCAAAAUCAAAUGUUAUUACAUCUAAUACCUCUACGACCAAUAAUACUAAUGCCAAUACCAAUACUAAUACCAAUAAUAAUACAACUAAUACUAAUUCAUAUUCACAUUCAAAUAAUAGUUCUAUCUCACAUAAUCAUUCAUUAUCAAAUUCAUCAAUCGGUAGUAAUCCAUUUGCAUCUUCAAUAGGAUCUAAUAGUUCAUCUUCAAUGAAGAAAAGACCUGUUCCACCACCUUUACCUCCUUUAGUCCUAACAACUUCAAAUACUUUACAUGUUUCUAAAUCUACUGCCACAAGCCCCAAUAAGGAAAACAUAAUUUCCCUAACAGGCUCAUUGAAAAAUUUGAAUUUAUCUUCUAAAUCAAAUUCUCCUUCAAAUAAUAUUAGAAAUGCUAUCACAACAACAAAUAUGAAUAUCAUUAAUAAAAGUAAUGAUAGUAAUAUUAGUAAUGAUUCUAAAAUAAUUGAUGAUGAUUCUAAUGAUUCAGAUUAUUCCAUUGUAGUUUCACCUUAUGAAAAGGAAUUAAUUGAUACAUACAAAUUACAAACACAACCAUUACAUUCACCUCCACCAAUACCAUCCAAUCGUAAUAAUAUUAUACCACAAAAAUUGCAUCAACAAAAUGAAAAAGUACGAAAUUCAAAUUCUUCUACUAAUAAUAUUACAAGCACUCACCAUGAAAUCGAAGAUUCUUCAAAUUUAAAUGGUAAAGAUGUGGAUGAGUUAGAUGAAUCCAUGUGGCAUUAUAAUCAUUUAAACAAUGAAAUUCAAAAAUUAGGAAUGCUAGGUGAAGGUGCAGGUGGAUCUGUAGCUAAAUGUAAAUUGAAAAAUGGAUCUAAAAUUUUUGCCUUAAAAACAAUAAAUAUUUUAAAUACUGAUCCUGAAUAUCAAAAACAAAUAUUGAGAGAAUUACAAUUCAACAAAAGUUUCAAGAGUGAUUAUAUCGUUCGUUAUUAUGGGAUGUUUGCAGAUAAUCAAAGAACGUCUAUUUUCAUUGCCAUGGAAUAUAUGGGGGGUGGUUCAUUAGAUGGAAUUUAUAAACAUUUAUUAGAAAGAGGUGGUAGAAUUGGUGAAAAGGUCUUGGGGAAAAUAGCAGAAUCUGUCUUACGCGGAUUAUCAUAUUUACAUGAAAAAAAAGUGAUUCAUAGAGAUAUUAAACCACAAAACAUUUUAUUAAACGAAUUAGGUCAAGUUAAAUUAUGUGAUUUUGGUGUAAGUGGUGAAGCUGUAAAUUCAUUAGCCACCACCUUUACAGGUACAUCAUUUUAUAUGGCCCCUGAAAGAAUUCAAGGCCAACCUUAUAGUGUCACAUGUGAUGUUUGGUCAUUAGGGUUAACAUUAUUAGAAGUAGCAGAAGCUAAAUUUCCCUUUGGUAGUGAGAAUUUGAAAACAAAUCUGGCACCAAUUGAUUUAUUAAUGUUAAUCUUAACUUUCACUCCUAAUUUGAAAGAAGAACCUGAAAAUCAUAUUGUUUGGAGUAGCUCAUUUAGAUCAUUUAUUGAUUAUUGUUUAAAGAAGGAUCCUUCAGAUAGACCAUCUCCAAGACAAAUGAUUCGUCAUCCAUGGAUUCAAGGACAAAUGAAAAAAUCUGUAAAUAUGCAAAAAUUUAUUAAAAAAUGUUGGGAAAGUUAA